GCUCCCCGCCCCCUGCUCUCUUAGGUGGCGCCGGCUUGCGGCCGGUGUGGCCGUGGUGUUGCUUCCAGAAGCCGGAGCGGGCACGUUCCCUGGACAGGCGGCAGGGCUAUGGUCGCCAGCUCCCGAAGGCCCGCUUCGCAUCUCAGUCCGAUCCUGGGCGCGAGCCUGAACUGUCUUCUCAGCCCAGCCCCCCCGGCGCGGUCGGCUGCUCCCCGGGCGCGCCCCCUCCGAUGGCGGCGGAGAUUCAGCCCCAGCCCCUGACCCGCAAGCCGAUCCUUCUGCAAAGGGUCGAGGGGUCGCAGGAGGUGGUGAACAUGGCGGUGAUCGUGCCUAAGGAGGAGGGUGUCAUCAGUGUCUCGGAAGACAGGACAGUUCGUGUUUGGUUAAAGAGGGACAGUGGACAGUACUGGCCAAGCAUAUACCAUGCAAUGCCUUCUCCAUGUUCAUGCAUGUCUUUUAACCCGGAAACAAGAAGACUGUCCAUAGGUCUAGACAAUGGUACAAUCUCAGAAUUUAUUUUGUCUGAAGAUUAUAACAAGAUGACACCCGUGAAAAACUAUCAAGCACAUCAGAGCAGAGUGACGAUGGUCCUGUUUGUUCUGGAACUGGAGUGGGUGCUGAGCACAGGGCAAGACAAGCAGUUCGCCUGGCACUGCUCUGAGAGUGGGCAGCGCCUGGGAUGUUACCGCACCAGUGCUGUGGCCUCGGGCCUGCAAUUUGAUGUUGAAACCCGUCAUGUGUUUAUUGGUGACCACUCGGGCCAAGUCACCAUCCUCAAACUGGAACAAGAAAACUGCACACUGCUCACAUCCUUCAGAGGGCACACAGGAGGGGUGACAGCACUCUGCUGGGACCCGGUGCAGCGCGUGCUGUUCUCAGGGAGUUCUGACCACUCCGUCAUCAUGUGGGACAUCGGUGGGAGAAAAGGGACAGCCAUCGAGCUCCAAGGACACAAUGACAAAGUCCAAGCCCUCUCCUAUGCACAGCACACAAGGCAGCUCAUCUCAUGUGGCGGGGACGGUGGCAUUGUCGUCUGGAACAUGGAUGUGGAAAGGCAAGAGACCCCUGAGUGGUUGGACAGUGACUCCUGCCAAAAAUGUGACCAGCCUUUCUUCUGGAACUUCAAGCAAAUGUGGGACAGUAAGAAAAUUGGCCUAAGACAGCACCACUGCCGGAAAUGUGGGAAGGCCGUGUGCGGCAAAUGCAGCUCCAAGCGCUCCUCCAUCCCACUCAUGGGCUUUGAGUUUGAAGUCCGGGUCUGCGACAGCUGCCACGAGGCCAUCACAGAUGAAGAACGUGCGCCCACAGCUACCUUCCAUGACAGUAAGCACAACAUUGUGCACGUGCAUUUUGAUGCAACCAGGGGAUGGUUGCUGACUUCUGGAACUGACAAAGUGAUUAAGUUGUGGGAUAUGACCCCAGUAGUGUCCUGAUGUCUCGCCCAGGGACUAGAAGAUAGUUUUCACUAAAGAAACACUUGUUUGAGCCUGAAAUCAUUACAGGAGGAGCAAAGUAUACAGAUGGGCAGGAAGAGAGACUGAGGGAGGCUCAAAGGGAUGUGUAGCCUCCCUGUCCUAUUGCAGUGAACCAGUGGGAGAGCACUCCCAGGACUCUUCAGUUGCCCUUCCAACAUAAAAGAAGAUAUUUUUUUACCAAAUGGUUUAUACAGCCUGGCUGUGCUGCAUUGUUUUGGGAUGUUUAAGCUUCUGUGUUUCAGCCUCCAUUGUUCUCGUUGCUUUCUGUGUCAGGGAAAACACAACAAAACAAGAAAGAGCUCUAUCUGUUGAAGAUAUGGUGUCGUGUAAAACAUGUUCUUCGCCUCAGAGUGUCCCAGAGAGCCUUUCUCUGCUCUUCCUUCACCAGCCACACUUGCCGCUCGCCAGAGUGGAUGGUUCCGGUUUGUUCUGGUGUUCUGCUGUGGUGGCCAGACAGGAGCUGGAAGACCAUGCUUGUAUGCCGAGUCACCUGUGGGGAGCAGUGUUGUCAGAAGUGCCUGUGCUCCCGCUUCAGCGCCGACCCACCUUAGGAAGUGCUUCCAGAAACCGCUGUCCACUGUCAGCCCGUCACCAGUCCGGUGACUCAGCCUCGCCAUGCAGUGCCUGUGUCUUUCUGAAUUCAGUGAGGGCUGCUGGAGCCUUUUGCAUUUUGGACUUUGGGGAUUUUGGUUUUGUUUUGUUUUGUUUUGUUUUUUUUGUAGCUUCCCUUCAUUCAUAACAUGAAAGACAAACAGAGAUGUCCACGCUUGUCAUGAAGGUGCAUCUUUCUACGUGGUGUUGCCUCUGAAUGUGAACGUUUAUUGCUUUAAGAUUAGAAUCCUACUCUCUUCACCAUCCAUAUUUAGUUCCCCUUUUAAAACCAGGUAUUUACGCAUCUUUAUGAUAAUGUAUACUUUUCAAUGAAGCCGAUGUGUGAUCUAAACAGAGGUACUAAGAAACAGAGUUCUCCUAAGGAAAUCAGCCCAUCUUGCUGAGGUGCAGUAAGGACUCACUUCGGGAUGUCAAGGUACAUUAAAGUAGUAGCAAGCCUGUGCCUGGAAAUUGGCCCGUCCAAGCACGUCACACAUGCUCACCCAUCAGGAAUACCAGUGAGGUUGCCGGGUCAAAGGCUCGUGGGUAAACAGGCUGAUUGCUUGCCCUGACUCUCCAUGUCACGGUAUCUUCUUCACUUCUGAUUUAACAGGUGUUUCCUGGCAGGAAGUACUUAAAUGAAAUUACAGUCCUGUUCUAGAAAGGCAGUUUCUCCAUGGUCAUUCUUGCUUCUCCUUCUGGAGGAGACGGUAGUAACCAUACUUGGGUACCACCCUUAGCACUAACAACCCAGAGUGCUUCCUAGGAAAGGCGUCCGGAACCACUUCUGCUGGCUGGCACUGGGCAGCAGGGCUGGUGUACACCUCCCAGAGCCAUGCCCCUGGCAGCUGUGAUGUGAGAGCAGAACUCUGCACACACUCCAGGAAGUCAUCGCCACUGUGGUUUAAUGGUCUGUUCCACGAAAUGCCACCCAGCUUCAGUCAGGCCACUAACUGGUUUGGGUCUUCUGUGCGUGAUCACUCCACCACAGAGCUUUGCAAAGGGAAUCAGAGCUAAAAUAUGCAAAUAUCUUUGGAACGGUUGAUUGCUGGAGUCCACAGCCACUUGGCAAGUUGUAGAGAACUGUAUAUUGGAAAUCAGUGAUAGAAGUGAGUCUCUUUGAGCUGGAGCAUGACUGCACAUGGGGAAGGAAUGCAGUAUUAGGGAAGUGAAGGCUAGGGCACCCAGCAAGCCUGUGUGGAUUCCCACUUACGUAUAGAUGAAUUCAGACUCCUAGGAAUGGAUUACCUUCAUUGGAACACUUUUUACACUGUUGGAUGGCCCUCCACACCUCUCUAGUCACCUCCCAGCUACAGCCCAUCCCAAAGAGUCCCCAGAGGUUGAAACUUGUCAGUGAUGAAAAUCAUGGUUGUACCACAGAUAACCAAGGUUUCCACUGCUCUGCCCUUUCCUCUUAGCCAGGUGGCUGCUGAAUUCAUUGAGAAGAGUACGUCAGAACAACUAUAUAUGCACAUAAUAAUGCACUGUGAAUGCUUGUGUUUGCCUGGUGUUCUUAACCCACAGAGAAAAGCUUGCUGGUGCUGAUGGAUUGCCAAGCAUUCUCUGAAAAAGAAGGCUCCAUCCAUCAGGCAUGAGCACAGGCCAGCUCUUGGCUUGUCUCUCCUCUGAUUCAAAAAUCACAGAUCUGUCAUCCUGUUUGCUUUGCACUUUGCUUUGGUUUUUUUUUCUCUACUGUGGAAACCUCAGCUCUGGUGAUGGCAGUGAGUACAGCCUUGUUCCUAGUUGGUGGAUGAAAAACAUCUAACUGCUAGUUUCUCCAAAGGAAAGCAUUUAACAGAGCCACAUGGGUGUGUCUCCACCUUAGCAAAAAAUGGUUUUAGAAAUAACUACUUGGGAUUUUGUGUCAUUUGAUAAAAGGCCAGUCAACAUAAUUUAUUUCUCAUUUAAUUGUUUAAAUGAUUCAUGAAAUUACAACAUUGAAAGGGAAUCUUGAGAUCUCGAAUAUCCUAGGUUAGUCACACCAGGCAGUUAGAUAGAGCCGAGGUGUAAAUAAGAGAAUCUCGAAGAACAUUCAAGGAACAAUGGCUUUUGCUAUUACCAAUAGCAGGGUAAGUAGGCACAAGGGGCAAACCCCCUUGCUUGGGGCAGGAAGUCUCUGGAAUCAGGUUUGAUACUGUUUUGAGCAAAUUUGAUGUAACUUUUGGUGCCUGCCUGUGUUCUGAGUGGUGCAUGUUCUCCCCAAAGUAGGUAGUCCCAUAUAUCUGUAUGUCAUACCACACCAACCACCCCAGGGACAAAGUUGAAUCACACAUUCAGGGCCCUAGACUUCCCACUGCCCUGCUGGCUAAGGGCUGCUCCACUGAGUCCAGGCUUCCAAUGUCCAUCCUUGUGAGACACCACCUUCUUGGCAUCUCAGUCAUGUUUUAAAAGUGUACUGUAUUUUUGUUUAACAUCAAUCCUUUAAAAGCUUGAUUUUAACUUUAAAGCAGAAGAAUAGCUCUGAACUAUGUGUCACAGCUAGUACACAGAAAUAUUCAUUUAAUGGGGCCUUUGGUUUUGCUUUUUCAUAGUAUUUAAAUAUAUAUGUAUUUGUAUAUAAGUGAGCUUGUUCACUAAGAUUUAUAUUUUGAAGCAAAAGAAAAGCAUUUUUCCAAAGUGCUCCUAUUUUUUUCCUUUAAAAUAAUGUUAGGUUAUAUCUUUGCUGGUGUAAAGGAAGAUACUCAAUACCUUGAUGAAAUGACACUUAAGUUCAUCACCUUUUUUCAAGCUGUAGGUCCUACCAGGAACGUCUGUGUGCUCCUGUAAACUGUAGCUCAGCUUGACAGCCAAGAACUGCACACCAGCCUUGCGGGGUUUGGGUCUGCAUUUUCACCUUUUGACCCCGGGUUCCCCCAAGAAGCCUCGACGCUGGCAGAGACAGCAGUGCCAGAGCCUGUCGUCAGCGGAGAUCAGAUCUCUGAGUGAGGCAUGAAUGCUCCCUCCUAGACUUCCCUGACUCUGAGUGUUGCUUAUCACGGGACUAACCCCAACUGUCACCCGUCAGAGGCAGCCCCACUCAGGCAUAUGAAAACACUGGCAGGUAAGGGCAGCUGCUUUCUGGCCUUUUCCACCAGGACCUAGUUGGUGUGGUUUUAGAAAAAUUGGUGAACUUGAUUGUUAGUACUAUCUCAUUUAAAAGAUACCUCCAAGUGUUCACCUUUAGGUGUUGAGAGAAUCUGACUAGGGAGACAAAGGAUUUAGGAAAUUCAGAUUGGUGCAAAAGGUAGGUUUCAAAUCUGAUUUAAACAUUCACAUUUUGUUUUUGUUUUUUCUUGGUUCUUUGGGAUCCAUAAGAGGGUGAUUUUUUUUUUUUUUUUAAGGGAAAGCAGUUUGAGCUCUUUGCUUCUGUAUACUUCUUAUCAUUCCAAUGGAUAUGCAGCUUUUCGUUCAUAGCAUAUGCCAAUGUGAAGUAUGGACCAAAACACAUCACCACCAUUGCCACUGUUCUGUGUGUGCUUGUGAUUGAUGCCAUUUGCCUUGCAUUCAUUUCAAGUGGUGUUUUCAAGGUAUUGUCAUUGGGGAGGGAAAAGGCUUCCGUGACAAGUGUAAAAGAAACUGUUACUAACUGAACAGCGGGACGGUACUAACCCUCCGCCGGGCCUGCCUAUUGCUGCAUCGUAUCCAGGGCUUGGGUUCUUCCCGCUGCACGCACAGCUGCCACCUGGGCCCACAUCUGGAUGUGGCUGCCGUAGGUCUGAUACUUUAUGGUUUGUUUUUUUUUUUCCUAGAAAAAAUCAGGAAUUAGGUUAGGCAAGGGCUCAGAUAAGCAUGCCAUAGAGCCUGAAGCUAGAAGCUAGACCAGGCCUCUCCACAGUGGUUCUAGCCAACCCCUCUGGCAGUUGCUGGGCUCUGUGCCACUGGAUUCCACCAACCAGACCCACCACUCUUGAUCCCGACCUCGUAAUUGUGAUGAGGUGGUCCUGAGUGAGACUAUUCUGUGACAUUAAGAUGACUGUAUCCGGUGCAGAUGCUGCUCAGCACUGUGAAUGUUUCUCUUUCCUUGUUUACCCUGUACUGCCCCCAGCCCCUCAUGUAUGUGCAGCCUAUUCCAAUGUACCGCUCUCAGAGCAGUGGCCUCUGUGGCUUAGAAUAAAUGUCCGAACACCUGCCUAC